GGCUAACCGGACGCAGGCUCGGCCGCUGCGUGGGUACCGUGUGGGGGAGGGGUUCCAGAGAAUGGUCCUUCCCACUGACCAAUCCAAUAUUAGAUCAUGGAAUGACACGAUCUAAAACUACCGGGAUUUUACAGAUGAGGAAACUGAAAGGUAAGUUUGAUUUCGAACUUAAGUCCCCUGACUCGAAUGCUCCUGCAGGCUAUGUGCCUAACACCAAGCCAGGUGCAGAGAUUAAGAAUCGUUAAACACAGUCCCUGACCUACGGGAUUUAACAGUCUAACUGAAGCGACUAGGUCGAAAGGCAUGAAACAAAACCCAUUAGAGACUUAAAAUCUUUAAGGACAGCAUAGAAUCAAGAAUCAGACUACAGGCCGGGAUGGGGCUGGAGGCAGCAGGAAGGAUUAUUAGAAUUGGGCAAUAAGAAAGAUCAGUUUGGAUUGGUAAAGUGGGACCAGAUUGUGGAAGUUCUUACCGGAGUUAAGGAUUAAUCCUUUAGGGCAAAGGUGUCAAACAUGAGGCCCAUAGGAACACUCCCAAACCAGAUUAAAAUGUAAGUGGGAAAUAUAUAACCAAAAAUAAAUAAAAAUACAAUAAAACAGAGAUAAUGUUAACAUGUGGUUUCCUAAACCAGUAUGUGACCUAUAGGGAUCCUUAUGUAUAUAUGCUUUAAUGCCCCCAUAUCUAUUUGACGUUCACACUAGUGCUCUAAGACUAUAAUUUGCAUAACCGUUACUGGUCCACGUUGGUAAAGGGAAUUUCCUCAACAGGAGUACCUUAUCCUGCUGAAACUGAACAUCCGGAAGAAGCCCUCCCCCCAAAACCAAGCAGCAGUGUAAUCAUAAUCACCAAUGAUAGCUACUGAAGGCUGGCUUGCAAAGCACUGUAUAUACAUUCGAUCCUCAGUCCUGUGAGGUAGGCUGUGCUAGUAUGUACCAAAAACAAGAGGCCUAGAGAGGAGCCAGUGCUCCUUGGAAGGAGUACUGCAUUGAAGUCAGAAGACCUGGGUUCAAAUUCUGACUGAUACUACCUGUGUGGCCUUGAGCAAGUCACUUCAUGAGCCUGUUUUCUUGUCUAUAAAAUGAAGGGAGGGAGGAUGGACUUGUUAGUUUCUCUGGUCACUUCGUACUCUAAAGCAUUUAUUCUGCGAAGCCACCUGCCUAGCUCGUAAGUCUCGAAGCUAGAAUCUUUAGUACAGUGCCUUUUCUACCAUACCACAAAUUGAAGAUUGGAAGCAAAGAAACCUAGUUAGAAGACUAUUGAAGCAAUCCAGGCCCAAGAUGGUAAGGGUAGGAGGAGCAAGAGGUAGAUGUGAGCGAUUACAAAGAAAAAUAGCAAGGACUUGGUAAUGAACUGGACGUAGAAGGCAAGGAGAAAGGGAGAGAUUAAUGAGCACAGGUAGCAUGUGAUAUGAACAUAGAAUUUUUUGUUGAUUCUGGGAUAAAGCAAAAAAAAAAAAACAUUCAGGAGGUAGUCUGAUUUUAGAUGAGUGGGUGGUAGGUUGAAGAAAACAUGCCAAUGGAGUACCUAGAACCAAACACUCUUGGCUGUCAGCAUAGUGGGGGGAUCUCAUCAGUCUCACAGUGUGUCUUCAUUUUUCUCUUUCUUUAUCAGGCUUCUCCCAUCUGAUCUCUAUACAGUCAGGCCCCCCCUACGAUGGCCAGCCGGGGUGGGGGCCGGGGCCGGGGCCGGGGUCGAGGUCAGCUGACCUUCAACAUGGAGGCUGUGGGCAUUGGGAAAGGGGAUGCUCUGCCCCCUCCCACUCUCAAGCCCUCCCCACUUUUCCCUCCCCUGGAAUUCCGUCCGGUGCCACUACCCUCAGGAGAAGAAGGUGAGUAUGUUCUUGCCCUGAAACAGGAGCUACGUGGGGCCAUGAGGCAGCUUCCGUACUUCAUUCGUCCAGCCGCACCAAAGAGAGAUGUGGAGCGUUAUUCAGACAAAUAUCAGAUGUCAGGGCCAAUUGACAGUGCGAUUGAUUGGAACCCUGAUUGGAGGCGUCUUCCUAAAGAGCUCAAGAUACGAGUUCGAAAACUACAGAAGGAACGGACAGCCAUCCUGAUCCCCAAGAGGGCCCCUAAAACUCCAGCAGAGAAAGAAGAAACCAUUCAAAAACUGGAGACCUUAGAGAAGAAGGAAGAAGAAGUGACUUCAGAAGAGGAAGAAGAGAAAGAAGAGGAGGAGGAGAAGGAAGAUGAAGAGGAAGAGGAGUAUGAUGAAGAAGAGCAUGAGGAGGAGACAGAUUACAUCAUGUCAUAUUUUGACAAUGGAGAAGAUUUUGGGGGUGACAGCGAUGAUAACAUGGAUGAAGCAAUUUACUGAGGAAGAACCUUGAAUAACUCCCACUGCCCCCACCUUCUCAGCUCUAGGGAUCGAGAGACUGUUCUAGCCAUCUGUGGUCAUGGGCACACACAGCAUCCUUCUAAACCCAGCCAGAGACAAGACAUUGCCUCCUGGAGGGGAGGAGCAGGGGCCUAGCGGCGAUGGAUAGCUCUCCUCCUCUAGUUAUGGGGGCUUUGGAGAAGACGUAAAGGACUGAUUUUUUUAAAUUAUUUUAUACCUUGAGGGAAAGGAGAGUGUGAAGAGUCUGUAGAAGUUACAACUGCCCCCUUUCCCCUGCCUACCUGUUCUACCCUGUAUAAUUUUCUCUUUUUGGAGAAAAUUGGGGGUUGGGAAAAAGUAGGGAUGAGGCCAGUUUUAUGGUUUUUAAAUAAAGUUUUGUUCUCUAUAUUUGCCUUUUGCACUCCAGAAAAAGAGGAGGUAGGAGGCAUAUAACUGGAACCUUGUCCUAGCAGGGAUGAUCACUGGUUAAGUGCCCAUCACUGUCCAACUAUAUUUUAUGGUGAGAUGGCCCAUCUUAAUCCUCCCUGGCCCUGUUUGCUCCCUUCCACCAGAGUGAGAUACAUAUCUCUACCCCAUCCACCCACCCACUGGGACCUUAUUUUGAAGGUAUAUUAAAUGACACUGACCCUUGGACUCUGCUUUCCCCAGGAGACUCUGCUGGUUGACUGUUUACAGGGAGAGGCAAAGCCAGCCUUCCCUUUCCCAUACUUGCCUUUGGUUUCAUUCUUGUUUAGAAGAAAUAGUUGUUGUUUUUUGGGGGAGGAGGGAAGGAAAGGGAAGGUGCUUGUAACAGAGACCUUCCUCUUACGUCCCUGGGGAACCUCGAUUCAAGGUUUUCCCCUGGCUUAAGUGUCCUUGUGUUUGUUGCUCUCCUGAUGCAGGAGGUGAGAGCAGGUGGGGAAGAAGAAUAGCUCAGUGACUUCCUCUCGUUUGGCCUCUCUCCAAUCCUGUACCCCUUUCGUUUCACCUGCCCCGCUGUAAGUGCUUUCUGUAAUGGGGGAGGGGAGUGAUGAGGGAUACUCAGCGAGACAGCGGCUGGAGAUGCUCUCGCCCACGCUGCUCCCCGCCACCCAACCCCAGGGAUGACUCAUUUCCUCAAAGCCUUGAUUGGCUAGUGAGGGAGUGCCGGGUUAUUUGAUUGGUUGGGGCAACUGGACAUGCAGCAGCCACGGGCUCGUAGCGUGAGCAGCCUGGGUGCUGGAACUGAAACAGAUAUAGAAAUAGAGAUAAAAUAGACAGAAAUCCCCCUGAGCCUACAAAUACUGAAAAGGGAAUUGGGGGGAGAGAGACUGAGACGAGAGACCCUCAGAGAUUCCUCCGAUUUUUAGGACUGAGUCCUAGCCGCGCCCUGGGCAACCAAGACAGGCAGACUUGUGUAUUGAAUAAUACACAAUAAAAUACACAUAAAUAAACGAAUAAAUGAUGCACCAUAA